AACGAGCACGGCCGGGCACGAGGCCGCCCUGCCAGUGCCGGUCCCUCCCUCGCUUGGCUCGGCUGGUGCUGGCCUGGACUGGAUCCUCCUCCACUCCACGCCGCCGUAAUCUCUCUGCUCCGCUCCGCUGCUCUCGCGUCUCGUCAGUGGUGGUGGAGUGCAGGCAGAUCCGCCGGCCCGUACGCGGAUUGCCUUUCGUCUUCGCCCAUUGCUGUUGAUCCAAAUCUCUUCCCUCCCACCCUCUCCAUUCAGAUUGGGGAUUGCUGUGGAUUCGCGAGCUGCGUGUAUCCAUGGUUUGAUUAGUUUCUUCUUCCUCUUCUCUCAAGAUCAACGCCACCAGGACUUGUUGCGGGUUCGACUGAGCCCAGCUACUGGGCCACGCAGAUUUAGGAUGGCUAGCACCCGCCACCAUUGCUGAGCUUCUCCAGUAAAGACUAAAGACUGGAUUUUUCUCGCCGCCCCAACCUGUGCUUGAUGUUCAAAAGAUGUCAUCAAACUCCAGUCUAACCGAAUCUCUACAUGAGAAAACAAUUGUCUUUGGCCUCAAACUAUGGGUUGUGAUUGGGAUUGCUGUCGGAGCGUCCCUCUUGGGUAUUCUUCUCAUUCUUCUCAUAUGCCUCACCAUCCAGAGCUGUAUCAGGAGGUCACGCAAGCCACUCCAUGACCGUCCAAUGACCCAGAUACCUCCUCCUUGCAAAGAUAUCAAGGAAGUGAGUAAUGAUUUUGUUAUACAUGAUGGGCUUCUACUCACUAUUCAAAAUGAGCCUGAGCCUGGUGACCCAGUCGAUACAGAUGCGAUUCAGUUGACUCAGGAGGAGAAGUUGAAACAAGGAGAAGAGAACAAUCUUUCUGGUUCUUUCCGCAUUACGGAUGGCUGUGAUGGAAUUCAGAUUGUUUCCCUCGAUGAACAAUCUUCAACGCAUGCUACUGUCGACUCUGCGCCAUUAGCGGGCUUACCUGAAUUUUCUUAUCUUGGUUGGGGCCAUUGGUUCACCCUUAGAGAUCUAGAGCUCGCAACCAACCGUUUUGCAAAGGAUAAUGUGAUUGGUGAGGGUGGAUAUGGUGUCGUGUAUCGUGGCAGAUUAUCAAAUGGCACCCCAGUUGCUGUCAAGAAAAUCCUUAACAAUUUAGGGCAGGCUGAGAGAGAAUUCAGGGUGGAAGUUGAAGCAAUUGGCCAUGUCCGUCACAAGAAUUUGGUCCGCCUUUUGGGUUACUGUGUUGAGGGUACUCAAAGGAUGCUUGUGUAUGAGUAUGUUAAUAAUGGGAAUCUCGAAAGUUGGCUUCAUGGGGAAUUGUCCCAGUACAGCUCUCUCACUUGGUUGGCUCGUAUGAAAAUUCUUUUGGGCACUGCAAAGGCCCUUGCUUAUUUACAUGAGGCAAUCGAACCAAAAGUUGUUCACCGUGACAUCAAGUCCAGCAAUAUCUUGAUUGAUGAUGAGUUUAAUGCCAAAAUAUCGGACUUUGGUUUGGCAAAGAUGCUUGGUGCUGGUAAAAGUCAUAUUGCUACACGAGUUAUGGGUACCUUUGGCUAUGUUGCACCUGAGUAUGCUAACAGUGGACUUCUGAAUGAAAAGAGUGAUGUCUAUAGCUUUGGGGUUGUUCUAUUGGAAGCUAUUACAGGUAGAGAUCCAAUUGACUAUGAGCGUCCUCCAAAUGAGGUAAACCUAGUUGACUGGCUUAAAAUGAUGGUUGCUAACAGACGUUCUGAAGAAGUGGUGGAUCCAAACCUGGAAAGAAGACCCUCAACAAAGGAGCUAAAACGUGCCCUUUUGACAGCCCUGAGGUGUAUCGAUUUGAAUGCUGAGAAGAGACCUAGCAUGGAUCAGGUGGUCCGGAUGUUGGAUUCUAACGAACCCAUACCUCAAGAGGAAAGAAGACACCGACAAAACCGAACCCCUGAGAGUUCAGAAACCGAGCCAUUGAGGGGCAAGAACAACAGUGGCAGGAGUGAUGCCCCUGAGCAUGAAGCAAGGCCGCCUCGACCUAAGAGUCGAACAUUUUCAUCCAAAUGAGGGAAACCAGAAACGAAAGGAAAAGGCAUAGGCGAUACGAUAUAGUCAACUGGAGUGCUGCAUGCAAAGCACACAUCGUGGGAAGCAGGAAAUUACGAUACAUAACCAAUUGAUGAAUUUUUCAUUCUUGGCUGCAAUGGUUGAUAAUACAUUUUUGUGUUCCUUGACACAUGUACAGUGGUGUAUGAUAGUUGAAGGGUGUAUAGUACUAGUAGUUUGUAAAAACUUCAAAAGAAGAAUGCUUUCCUACCAAAACAAGGAAAAGGAAAAAAAAAAGAUAGGUGGUCGGUGACAGUAACUGUUGUGUGGUUGCUGGUAUGAACUACAAAGUGCGAGGGGAGAUCAGUGUAACCUUGGAUAUUGUUUGUAUUGUAUGGUUUACUCGAAGAGUAUAAAGAGAGAAAAGAAGAAGAAGAAAUGACUUCA